AUGGCUGACACACAUACGCAGCCGUCGGCGGAGAACGGCUCCACGCCGCAGAAGAAGAAUCAUAAGAAGUACAGGAAGGACAAACCGUGGGACAAUGAUAGCAUUGACCACUGGAAGGUGGAUGCAUUCAAACCCGAGGACAACAAGGCAGGUUCAUUCCUGGAGGAGUCUUCAUUUGCCACUCUGUUCCCCAAGUAUCGCGAGUCCUACCUCCGGGAAUCUUGGGCCGCCAUCACCAAGGCCCUGAAGGAUGUCGGCAUUGAUUGCACCCUCAAUCUCAUCGAAGUAGGAGGCCGCAGGUGA